CAGCGCGUGUCACGUGAUUCGCAGCCGCCGGGUCCCCCCCAGUCGCCGGGAGCGAGCCGGGUCCGGGUCCGCGGCCGCCGCCAUGUCGUGCUUCCCCGAGCUCUACUUCAACGUGGACAGCGGCUACCUGGAGGGGCUGGUGCGGGGCUUCAAGGCCGGCGUGCUGAGCCAGGGCGACUACGUGAACCUGGUGCAGUGCGAGAGCCUGGAGGAUUUGAAGCUGCACCUCCAGAGCACGGAUUAUGGGAACUUCCUGGCCAACGAAGCCUCCCCCCUUUCUGUCUCCGUCAUAGAUGACAAGCUGAAGGAGAAGAUGGUGGUGGAGUUUCGUCACAUGAGGAACCACGCGUAUGAGCCAUUGGCAAGUUUCCUGGACUUCAUCACCUACAGCUACAUGAUCGAUAACGUCAUCCUGCUGAUCACCGGGACGUUGCACCAGCGCUCCAUCGCGGAGCUGGUGCCCAAGUGCCAUCCGCUAGGAAGCUUUGAGCAAAUGGAAGCUGUGAAUAUUGCUCAGACCCCUGCGGAGCUCUACAACGCAAUCCUGGUGGACACGCCCCUGGCCGCCUUCUUCCAGGACUGCAUAUCCGAGCAGGACCUCGACGAAAUGAACAUCGAAAUCAUCCGAAACACGCUGUAUAAGGCGUACCUGGAAUCCUUCUACAAGUUCUGCAGCAUCCUGGGAGGCACGACUGCAGACGCCAUGUGUCCAAUCCUGGAGUUUGAAGCUGACAGGAGAGCCUUCAUCAUCACCAUUAACUCGUUUGGCACGGAGCUCUCCAAAGAGGACCGAGCUAAGCUGUUUCCUCACUGCGGGAAACUCUAUCCUGAGGGGCUGGCCCAGCUAGCCAGAGCAGAUGACUACGAGCAAGUCAAAACAGUAGCAGACUACUACCCUGAAUACAAACUGCUGUUCGAAGGAGCCGGCAGCAACCCUGGAGACAAAACCCUGGAGGACCGUUUUUUCGAGCAUGAGGUGAAGCUGAACAAACUGGCUUUCCUCAACCAGUUCCACUUCGGGGUUUUCUACGCCUUCGUCAAGCUGAAGGAGCAGGAGUGUCGCAACAUCGUGUGGAUUGCCGAGUGCAUCGCGCAGCGACACCGCGCCAAGAUCGACAACUACAUCCCCAUCUUCUAACCGCCCUCGGCCCUCCUGCUGCCGGGUGGAGCCCAGUGGAACUGCCCUUCCCCCCAGUACAUUCGAAUGAUCACUAGUCCUCGCUCCGGGGACGGCUCCUCUCUGGAACUGGCUCGGAUGGAAACUGGACAGUCUGUUGUUCCAGAGCUGCCGUUGUUUGUGAGUUCUGUGUGCUGUGAGGGGCCAGCGGGGCCUGGGACAGGCGCUGGGCCUGUGCAGCCAUGUAGCAGGAGGGCUCCAGUCCAUGUAUUAUAAUUGUACCUGUGUCACUGUACUGAUCAGCUGUGUGUGCUUCACUGAGCGAGCCAGUGCUGAUCUCUGAGGGAACUGGCAUCUCUCAGCCAUUCACUCCUUGCUCUCGAGUGACUCAUUAGACAUGUGUUGCCUGAGUUUAAAUGUCCCCUUUACCAAGGCUGAGACUCGAGCAGUCUGGCUCCAGUAAGUAUUGUCCCCCAGAAGCUUCAUGUGAGUGUUCCUCUUGCCUCCCUUAGUGUAGCGGAUGCUGCUGUGUAAUUCCUGCAUCAUCUUGUCUGACUCCUCCGAGGGCAGAAGGCCGAGCCGCCCUUGUCCAAAGAGCUGAGGCAGGAGCAGAGGUUCUUGCUGGCUAUUGCAGGGCUCUGAGCAGCACCCAGUGACUGUCCUUCCCCCUGUCGCCAGGCAGCACUUGCUUCCCGGGGACCUGCUGGUGCUGAGGCCGGCCAGCCACUGACGGGGGGACCUGGCCAGCAAAUGUCUUUGCCCCAGAAAGAUUCUUGCUAACCUGCCCGCAACCUGGGAACAGGUAUCGAGCGAGGCUGGCCCUGCAGUGGCUGUGGGGGCGGUACGUGCCUACUGCUGUGUGUGGGUGCUAGCCAGCCUGCCCGCCCAACCCCCGUGGCUCCCCCAGGGUCCCCACCAGCUGCCACUCUUCUUCUGGGGGCUCUGA